AUGAGAGAUAACAUCCUACCCAUCCUUUCUUUCCACCUUAAAUCUCGCCUUCACUUCAUCUUCUGCAACCACCAUUUCCACCAUUUUGCUUAUGUUGUAAUUACACGACAGCUCCAAACCCUAAUCAUCGAUCUUCUCCACCCAACCACACUUCCUUCUACGUCUAGAGUUAUAACCACAAAAACCUUGUUGGUCCUCAAAUUGAAGGGGGUCAGAGCCAGUGUUUCCGGUAAAAGUUUUAUUGGCCUUGAGUGGCUUCAUAAUGUGGAGCAUCUCCACAUGUAUGUGUGUCACUGUUUAAGUGUCGGGGUGGUGUUUGGAGUGUUUAACAGGAUGCCACCUACUAUACGCAGUGUGUUUCACAAUUUAACCCACCUGGAGCUUAUAUUCAACUUUGAAGAUUCAUUUUUCGGGUCUGAAAAGUGGAUGUGGCUCAUAAAUCUGCUUCAAAAUACCCCCAACCUUCAAACUCUUAUCAUUCAUGCAUGCUCAGUUGUAGUCAGUCAAUGA